AUGGAUAAAAAGAUUUUAGGUUAUAAUGCUCAUCAAAUUUCUUUGAAUAAUUAUCAAAAAAGCAGCAGCAGCAGUAGCAGCAGCGACGACGACAACAGCGAUGGCGACAAUAGCGACAGCAGCAGCAGCAAUCGUAGCCAUAGUAGUAGUAGUGGUGGUGGUAGUGGUGGUGGUCUCGGUAAUAGCAGUGGUAGUCGUCGUCGUCGUCGUAGUGGUAGUCGUAGUAGUAGUAGUAGUAGUGCUAGUGGUGGUGGUAGUGAUAGUAGUAGUGGUAGUCGUAGUUGUAGUGGUGGUGGUGGUGAUGGUGGUGGUAGUAGUUGUGGUGGUAGAAGUAGUGGUGGUGGUGAUGGUAGCAGUAGUGGUAGUAGUAGUAGUGGUUGUGGUAGUAGUGGUGGUGAUAGUGGUGAUAGUAGGAGUGGUGAUAGUAGUGGUAGUGGUAGUGGUAGUAUUGGUAAUAGUGGUCGUGGUAGUGAUGGUAGUGGUGGUUGUGGUAAUGGUGGUAGUGUUAGUAGUAGUAGUAGUAGUAAUGGUAGUAGUGGUGAGAGUAGUGGUGGUAGUAGUAGUCAUAAUGGUAGUAGUUAG